AUGCGGGCCUACGCCUCAGGAUCGCGCUACCACGGCCGCGGCCGCAAGGACGGAUUAUUCGACUACGUGCUGUGCCUGCCAUGCUUCCACGUCGAGGAAUGCGCGGUGGGCCUACUUCAGCCACCACUGCAGCAACGUGGCGAGCGGCGAGACGAUGGGGACGGGACGCCAGGCCAGCACGCUGGGCGAGCUCAUGGCGAUCCGGGCCAUCCACGGGAAGCUGUUCCGCCGCCGGAGUUUGGGCACCGCGCUGGGCUUCCGGACCCGCAACAGGCAGGUGACCGAUCGCCCCGCCAUCAUCGUCUUCGUCCCGCGCAAGCUGAAGGGGUGCUCGACGGGCAAAUGCUACCCCGUAUCCUGCAGGGCCCGGGGAAUCUCACUUGGUGUGAUGUCGACGUUGUGGAGUUCUCGUUCCAUGGCACGCCGGCUUCGGCCCCAAAAGAAUGGGUGUACUCGGAGCUCAUCAACUACUUGCGAGGGAAUGGCCAACGCAUCGGUCCUGGAUCCCAGGCAGCUACCAUAGCCGAGUUGUUUGCUCAUAUGAUGCCCGAUGGAAAAGGUGACGAGCUUAAAGCUCUUUGGAACCAUUGGGCCCGUGGUGCGCAGCCGCAUUGGGAAGCGCCAACUAGGGUUCCUCACUAACACACACGUUGCCGUGGACCUCUGACUUCCCGUACCAGAAGACUUCCACCCGAUACCUCCUGGGAGGCUCGGGCAGGGCGUCUACCUGGGCGCCGUGGAGCGGGCGUCCUUGUUCGUCACCGACGAUCUUUGGUACGGGAUGUUUGCUUACUUCUGUUCAGGUCUUGCCUUCUCUCUCGCUCUCCAGCAAAUGCCGAAUGCUUGUCUAACAUUUGCCGCUACGUGCUAGAAAGU